AUGGCGAUCGACGAUUCGAUGCAAGCCCGCAUCACCACCGACUGCCCAGACGAAACUCGCGAAAUCCUAUUGCACGCCUGGAGUCACGACAAGUCCGCCCUCAAGAAAAUCCUUGACGAGCCCGGCAAAGCCAAUUGCCAGGAUCCCACGACCGGCGAGACACCCCUCCACGCUGCCGUCCGCGCCUGUGGCCCCGCCGCCGAAGACGAAGAUGAUCUGAAGGUCGAGGAGGCCAAGGAGACGGUCCAGGAGCUCUUCCUCUCUGGCGCCAUCUGGAACGAUGUCGAUUCCAACAACGAGACCCCUGGUUGCGUCGCCCUGCGCUUGGGCCAGAGCGAGCUGUACAAGCUCUGCGUCGAAGCCGGUGUACGCGCGGAGCUGCUCUUCGGCCUGCUGGACGGCUACGAGCAGCUGUCGUCGGGCUCGGAGAUGGACGAGGACGAUGCGGCCGAAGUCGUCGACGCCGAAGCCCUCAAGGCCUUUGAGGCCGACCUUGAGGCGAUGGGUAACGCGCAGGACCCCGAGGAAGCCCCCGAGCUCGUCCAGGUGCCCGAGAUCGAGACCAAGGAAGAGAAGGCCCUCAACUCGGAAGAAUAUCUCCGCUCGAAUGUUACCUACUCGGAGGGCAAGCUCGUCGACGACGGUGGCAACGGUGUCAUGAUGGCCUGGGAGACGGACAUCAUGCGCAAGAGCGUCGACGCCUUGCUCCCGGGUCUACCCGCUGGCAAGCGCAUCCUGAACGUCGGAUUCGGCAUGGGCAUUAUCGAUACCAUGUUCCAAGAAACGCGGCCUUCGCGGCAUCACGUCAUCGAGGCCCACCCCGAGGUGCUCGAGCACAUCGACAAGCCCGACUCCAAGUUCGGCGCCGCGUGGGAGGCGAGCGGAGCCGAGGAGGGCGCGUUCAAGAUCCACCGGGGUAGGUGGCAGGAUGUUGUGCCCAAGCUGCUCGAGGCCGGCGAGGUCUACGAUGCUAUUUACUUCGACACUUUUGGCGAAGACUACAGCCAGCUUAAAACGUUCUUCACCGAGUUCAUUCCUGGCCUGAUGGACUUUGAGGGCCGCUUCAGCUUCUUCAACGGAUUAGGGGCAGACAGGAGGAUAUGCUACGAUGUGUACACGAAGGUUGUAGAGAUGCACAUGACUGAUGCUGGCCUGGAUAUCGAGUGGGAUGAGCUGGACGUAGACAUGAAGGGCCUUGAAGAGGCUGGCGCAGGCGAAUGGGAGGGAGUGAAGCGCCGCUACUGGACUUUGGACAAGUACCGGUUGCCGACCUGCACAUUCAUGGGCUAG